GCGUUGCUCCCGCCCCGCCCCCAGGCGCGGCCGCUGGUUGGCUGGUCCGCAAGGUCCCCUCUGGGAUCGGGUUGGGGCGGCGCGGACCAGGCCUGGGGCUGCAGCGGCCGCGCCGUCGGUGGACCCUGUGGCACGAGGCAGUAUGACUUGAGGCCGUGACCAUGGACUUUUCUCGGCUUCACAUGUACACUCCUCCUCAAUGCGUGCCUGAGAACACUGGCUACACGUAUGCACUCAGUUCGAGUUAUUCCUCUGAUGCUCUGGCUUUCGAGACUGAGCACAGAUUGGACCCCGUGUUUGAUUCUCCAAGAAUGUCCCGCCGUAGUUUGCGGCUGGUCACCACAGCAUGUGCCACGGAGGAUGGCCAGGCUAGGGACACUCACUCCUGCUCCAGUAGCACUGCCUCCCUGAAGGACAGAGCGGCCCGAACAGUAAAGCAACGCAGAAGUGCAAGCAAACCAGCUUUCAGUAUUAACCACACCUCGAGAAAGGUGGUGUCCUGUGGUGUGGGCCAGAGUGGCACUAGCACGCUGUCCAGUGCGGCCUGUCUCCGGCCUCCUGUGCUGGAUGAGUCUCUGAUCCGUGAACAGACCAAAGUGGACCACUUCUGGGGUCUUGACGACGAUGGAGAUCUUAAAGGUGGAAAUAAAGCUGCCACUCAGGGAAAUGGGGACCUGGCAGCAGAAGCCGCCAGAAGCAAUGGCUACACAUGUAGUGACUGCCUCUUGCUAUCCGAGCGCAAGGACACACUCACAGCACACUCUGCCACCCACGGGCCAUCGCCACGGCUCUACUCAAGGGAUCAGGGUCAGAAACGCGGUGCCCCUUUCCACAUGGAUAGGAUUUUGUGGCUGGCCAAGGACACUUCGUCAUCCUUGUCAUCAUUCUUAGUCCAACUUUUUCGAGUGGUUUUAAUGAAGCUCAAUUAUGAAUCAGAAAAUUCCAAAUUGAAAAGUUAUGAAUCAAAAGAUCCUGAAUCAAAAAGUUAUAAGUCAAAAAGCCAUGAAUCAAAAGCUCAUUCCAAUCACUGUGGGACAGUGAAUGUAGGAGGGCUUCUCAGAGAGGACGGCCAGCUCAGUGUGCAUGGGGAGUCCAUGUGCAAUGACUCUAAGGGGAAGGAGCUCCUUGAGAUGCACAGAGCUAUCCGCCAGCAGUCCUCAAGUCCAAAAAGGGUGGCAGGGGCCAUUUGGCACAUCUUUUCUUACACAGGUCACCUGUUGGUGCAGAUGCUGCAAAGGAUCGGAGCUUCUGGAUGGUCUGUGUCGAAGACACUGCUGUGCGUUCUUUGGUUGGCCAUGGUCGCUCCAGGGAAGGCAGCCUCUGGAAUAUUCUGGUGGCUCGGGAUUGGAUGGUACCAGUUUGUUACCUUGAUUUCGUGGCUGAAUGUGUUUCUUCUUACAAGGUGCCUUCGAAAUAUCUGCAAGUUUUUAAUCUUGCUCAUUCCACUAUUACUUUUACUAGGUGGUGGUCUGUCCUUGUGGGGCCAAGGGGACUUCCUUUCAGGCCUGCCUGUGUUCAACUGGACACGCAUAUAUGGAACCCAGCGGGUGGACAGCCCCGAGAGCAUGUUCACACCUGACGCUUCUCAGCUGAGCCAGGAUGGUGAGGCUUUCCACGAGCAUCGGAUGAGCGAGGUAGAAAGGCAGAUGACCUCGCUGUCUGGACAGUGUCACAGCCAUGAAGAGAAGCUCAGAGAACUGGCCACUGUACUUCAGACACUGCAGGCACGGGUGGACCAGAUGGAUGGUGAUGGCGAGGCGACGCUAUCCUUGGUUCAGCGUGUGGUAGGGCAGCAUUUAAAGGAAAUUAGUGCCGAUGGGCUGUCGGACUCUCAGACUGACACCGUGACUUUCCGUCAAGAGCACGAAUUGCGCCUCUCAAACCUAGAAGACAUUCUUGGAAAGCUGACGCAGACGUCUGAGGCUAUCCAGAAGGAAUUAGAACAGACCAAGCUGAGAACAGCCAGUGGAGCUGAGGAAGAGCAGCGCCUCCUCUCUGUGGUUAAGCAUCUGGAAGAGGAGCUGGGUCAUCUGAAAUCAGAACUGUCCAGUUGGCAGCAUUUGAAAACCAGCUGUGAGGAGGUUGAUACCAUACAUGGGAAGGUAGACGCCCAAGUCCGAGAAACUGUCAAACUCAUGUUCUCCGAUGGGGAGCAGGGUGGUUCUCUCAAAUGGCUGCUACAGACAGUUUCUUCUCAGUUCGUGAGCAGAGAUGACCUGCAGGUUUUAUUACGGGAUUUGGAGCUGCAGAUCCUGAAGAACAUUACGCACUACAUUUCUGUGACAAAGCAGGUCCCAGAUUCUGAAACUGUAGUAUCUGCAGCAAACGAGGCAGGGAUUUCCGGAAUUACAGAAGCGCAAGCACGUGUCAUUGUGAACAACGCCUUGAAGCUGUAUUCCCAGGAUAAGACUGGCAUGGUGGACUUUGCUCUGGAGUCCGGUGGUGGGAGCAUCCUGAGUACGCGCUGCUCUGAGACGUACGAGACUAAGACUGCGCUCAUCAGCCUGUUUGGGAUCCCACUCUGGUACUUCUCCCAGUCCCCCCGAGUUGUGAUCCAGCCUGACAUACAUCCAGGUAACUGCUGGGCAUUCAGGGGCUCCCAGGGGUACCUGGUGGUGAGGCUGUCUAUGAAGAUCCGCCCAACCGCCUUCACUCUGGAGCACAUACCAAAGACGCUGUCGCCCACGGGCAACAUCACCAGCGCCCCCAAGGACUUCGCAGUCUAUGGACUAGAAGAUGAAUACCAAGAGGAAGGGCAGCUUCUGGGACAGUUUACGUAUGAUCAAGAAGGGGAGUCACUCCAGAUGUUUCACGUUCCAAAAAGACCUGAAGGAGCUUUUCAAAUAGUGGAACUGCGGAUUUUCUCCAACUGGGGCCAUCCUGAAUACACAUGUCUCUAUCGGUUCAGAGUUCAUGGAGAACCCAUCAAGUAAAGACUCCCCUGUCAGUUCUUGUACAUUUGUAUAUACGAGGACAGCCUCAAACACUGGAACCCUUCCCGCACCAGGGCACCUAGGGCAUUGGGGUGAUGUCACCCCUCAAUAAACGCUGCCCAUUGCCGGUGGGAGCUGGCGCCCGGCUCGCUCUUCUGUCCACAGGAAACACUGCAUGCCGAAUGCCUAGCUUCCCUGAGAUCUGCUGGCCACAGCCCAUCUCUGGGAAUCUGAACGUGCGGUUCACAAAGACAUGUAUGUUAUUUUGGGGAUUUGGUUUUGAACAUAAAGCUCUUGAUACUUGUAUUUUCUCACCAUCAGGAACAAAGUAAGCGAGGUUAGAGGUCAAAGUGUUGAAGCUUUGGUAUUUAGCCUUUCACUGGCCCUUCUAAAGGACUUUGGGGGCAGACCUGUUUCAUCUGUUCCAUCCAGCGCACAUUUCUUUCAGGGAAAAACAUGUCACCAAAUUUCAGAGUUCUGAACUUUCUCUCCUGUUCAGCACCAGUAGUUAAUAUCAGUCCCAGGUGUGGAAUAACGGUUUCUCUGCUGAGUUUGCUCCUUCUCAGACAGACUUUCACAGGCUCAGUAUGGCUCAUGUGGUCCUGAGCUGGAAGCUGGUCUGAUGUAAAAGGAGGGUGGUUUGGAUCUCAGCUCCGGUGAAUGGAGCAGGCAGGUCUCAGCAAGGCUCUGCCCAUGAUGAGGGUGAGGGGGGGGACAACUCUGGACCCCAGGAGCCCAGAAAUCCAAUCUUGGGGUGGCAUCAGGUUUGUUUUAAAUUUUGCUGCGAAGUUGAACACUAAUGUGCUCUCAGCCUUUCAGAAUCUUAAGUCUUUACUCCACCGAUGGUUCUCUGAGGAGACCAUCGAGUGUGGCUCACCAUUACACUGUAGGGUUAUCAUUUUUCUCACGGUGGCACUUUCUUCCUGGCUCUAGUUGGGAUUUGCCUCUUAACUACAACUUUUGGCCAUUCUCAAUUCCUGAGACUCGUUUUGUUAAUAUUUAAUAUUUAGACUAUUUUACUGAGCAGACUUUAUAAAUAUUUGCAAGGCACUUAAAGUGUUACAGAUGUUUUAAAAAUUAUUUAAGUUUUAUUGGGUUAAGACCGUUCUUUCGGUGUUCUCAUAAACACUGUAUUUUCAGAAACAGAAAGUGAUGGUGCUGACUGGAGUUUUGUGUGUACCGCACAACUGUCCUCGACUACAUAAAGUAGCAUUUUUUUCACUAUUAGAAUUGGAAUUAAAUAAUGCCUAUGCAGUUAAGUUGGAUAAAAUGUAUACAGAUGUUUCAGAUAUUACAAGAUAAAUAUAUAAAUCAAAAUUUCCUAUAUAAAACUAAAUUUGGGAGUUGGGUGGAAAUAUUUUGAAUAUUUAUUUUUAAAGAUGCAAAAUAGGACUUUGUGCACGGUAUUUUUGUAAAUGCUUUUCAAAAUACUGGUCUUUGGUAGUGCUUCUUUUGCCGCCACCAAAUUGAUAAGAUGCUAUUGAAAUGUUUAAAUAAAGAGUUUAAAUUUUUAAAAGUGCA